AUGGAAGCUAUAGAGACUGUAGAGCUUGAACACUCCAACCUGGCGCAGCAUCAGGCCAGCAUCAUGAAGCAGAUGCGCAGUUUUUGGAUGCAACGUCACCUCUGCGACGUUGUAUUGAAAGACAUUGAUGGUGCUGAGCACUGCGCCCACACAGCCCUGCUAUCUGCAGCCAGCGAGGUCUUUAGGAAUCUUCUGGGUGGAUCUUUUCUGGAAGCGAGCCAGGUACAGAGAAAGCAGCCAGUGGAAAUCCGUGCUUCUAAAGCAGCAGUGUCCGCCUUGCUUGACUACAUCUAUAGUGGUCAGCCGAAGGUCGACCUGGAAACCGGCCUUGAGCUUCUACGCCUGGCAGAGGCUUAUGACUUGCCAAAGUUGGCGAGUGCUAUCGAGGCGGGCCUGCGUGUCUCCUUGGAUGGAGUGAAAGCCUUGCGAAUUCUGCAAGAGACGCACGGCCUGCGUGGUUUGAAAGCCACAUGUGAAGAGAAAAUUGCGAGGUCGUUUGAGGCUUGUAGCCAGCACCCAGACUUUGGGAAGAUAAGCGCGGUUCAGCUGGCUCGGAUUCUGAAAAGAGAAGAUUUAAACGUGUCUCGGGAGGAGGUGGUGCUCAAGGGUAUCUUCAAUUGGUUCAGUUUCUCUAAAGACAGGCAUGGCUUCUUGGGCAUCCUGCUGCAACAUGUGGACUUCGAAUCCUUCUCUGUUGAGAAUUUGCUUCGAAUCGGCCGCUUCACUCUAUCCGGCCCAACUGCCGAGGAACUGCACCGAAACGUGGAUGAAGCUUUGCAGAAUCGGCAACGGAAGCGAGCUCAACAUACCCCAAAUUCACAUGACUUUCAGCCAAAGAGGCGGUGUCUCAAGCAUUGGUCACCGGAUUUGGGUGCCAGUGCUGAAGCUUGCUGGCGAGAAGUGUUGCCCAUACAGUGCCACUCCCUGGCCUGGCACGAAGGUCACAUCUAUGCCACUGACUUUGAAGGUAACGUCCUUUGUUGGCACCCUGGUGAUCCAGCGACAAGCGUGCGAAAGGUUGUGGGUGAGGGCGUGGGAACACAAGGAAUCAAUGAUCUGGGCUCUUCUUGUGACGUUUCUGUCUCUCCCAGCGGGGAGAUUUUCGUCCUGGAUUACGAUCACAGCAGACUUGUUCGAUUUCAAGACGGCUGCGGACAUUUGGUCUGUGGCGGUAUUUACUCUCCUGGAGGUCUGUCCUGCUCGCCGAAUGGCGUGCUGUAUUGGUUGGUGGGACGCGGUGUCGGGCCCAGUCAAGUGCAGAAGUUGGUGGGCUCGACGAUCCAGACUGUGAUUGCCUCUGAGAGUCUUCCGAAAGACCUGCAGUUUAAGGCGGAGGCAAUUUUUGUAACCAAGGAUGAGGUGAUCUAUAUCAUUGAUGGCGUGAGCCUCAUUGAUGGUGUGAGUCAUCGGGAUCGGAUUCUACGCAUCAAUCCAGCUGAGUCGCUGGAACCUACGGUGGUAGGACAGAUCCCAAAUGCAGAGGGCAUUCUAAGGCUAUGGGGCCUCGUUGUAACUGAAGGUGGUACCAUCUAUGCUUUCGAUCAUGAUUCUGGGGAGGUGUUCGCUUUCCGUCCAGGAGAGACAUCUCCCAGCCAAGUCCUGCAGUGCCCGGAUUCAUUGCACCCUGUGGCGCUUCUUGUUCAUGGCAGGUCGCUGUAUGUCGGUAUUGUGGAUGAUUAUGAAGAACCGACAGUCGUGGGCGUCUACGAACAAUCGCUGCCUCCAGAACUUCAGCUGGAGUGA